GGAUGACAAAAUAAGAUAAAAAUAUAAUUUCGUUCAGCUAACAUUAAAGUGGCAUAUUCAUUUGAUUUCUUUUUGGAUAUAACUUCAGUAUUCAUCCUUAACUUGUAAAGAUGGAGAUAUUUUAUUUAAAUCCCUUCUUAGUCUUAAAUAACAGUUAUGUUUACCUGCUUUUCAUGCUAAAGCAGGAAAGCUGCCAGUUAGGUCACUGAGGUGUACCCAUCAUCAACAAUACCGUAUUUUAACAUUUGUAAAAUGCAGCAUGCUCACCAUGCAGGAUUCAUAGGGAUAGGAACACAGAUGCCUUGCUUGUUGUUCACUGAUGUUGUGCACUGAAUCAAGCCACAAUAUUGUAAAUGAUAGAAGCCUGCAAUCUGUUUAAUGGCUUCAUUGGUAGUUUUGUAGAGCUGGUAGUGUGUUCUCCUAUACAGCUAAUGCUUACUAACACAUUUGCUGUAAAAAAUGCCGAGGUCUAUUCCAGUACCCCUCUAUGCUUUAGCUUGUGUUAUACUGCUGGUUUUUGUUAAUUUAUUUUCUUAUAUACUAAUAUUGUCUUCUGGACAAUGUACAUGUUACCAAAAGUAAUUUGCUGGCAUGCAUGUUAAAUUUUUUCAUAUUUAUUGUUUGCGUGUCUGCUAGGAGGCAAUAUUUAAUCCUACACUGCAGGUUUAAGAAAAAGGGGAUCUGUGGUUUGGUUACAGUCACACAUUUAUGGCUGUGCCAAGGCCUGUGAGUGCACACAGGCAGUUACAUAGCCAUAGCACAACAAAGACACUGACUGGUCAAUUGCUGUAGCUUGUUAGCAAAUUUUUAAAAGUACCCACAUAACAUCUUUAAUAUGGACACCUUUCUUUUACUUCUCAUUGACUAAAAUUCUGCUUUGUGCUCUUAUUAAUUGUGUCUGUUUGAAAAGAAAUGCUGUCUUCUCGUGUUUAGCAACAUUUGUGUGAAUAAUGUACUAUUACUAUCUUGUGUAUAAAAAAGGAGAAUUAAUGAAUCACAAGUGUAGACUUAUCACACGGUAUCAAAUAAAAUUAUUUCACUUCAUUUCAUUCAAUUAUGACAGAUUUUCAUGUUUUUCUAAAUGUUGGGAUAGUCCCUGUGGUAAACCGUAUUUAUUAUAGUUAACAGUUUAUGGGGGAAAAAAGUUAAAAGUACAAAAAUUCAGGAAGCAGUAAUGAGUUCUAAAACUGAAUCUCUCUAACUAUCAUCAAGAGCAUCCAAAAUAGAGGAACAAUUUACACAAGAACACAUACUUCAAAACUUAAUUUGACAAAAUAAAGAAGUUUUUUCUUUUAUUGGUCUAAUCGUAACAGUUGUAUUUUUAAGACAUCUUUUGGCACUUGUGAACAUUAUAGAUGCUGGUUAGAUUUAAAAACUAGACAAAAUUAUGCUUUUUUGCUAAAUCUCAAAUAUAAUUAUGUUAAUUAUGUUUUAGCAAAAAAAGUAUUCCAACCUGUCAUAGGCAUUUUAACCUUGAGAGGGUUUGGGUUAUUUGGUUCAUUUGAAUGCUUUUAGAUAAUGGAUCUAUCCAUGUGUUAUACUCCAAGGUGUGUUACAACACGUUAUUACACAGUACUGAGCUGUUGGAUACCAGUAUGUGUGUUACUGUGCUCCAUAAUAUGUGGACUGAAACCACAUUGGGCAAUAACGUGCCACAACUAUUACGAAAGAGGUGUGGCUAAGUGACAUUGCACUGAGCAGUGUGGGCGACUUCUUUUAAUGGCAGCUCCAUUUAAUUUUAUACGGGCUAAUGCCAAAUGUUAAUGUUUUGUCUUUGUGAAUGAGUGAGUAGUUCAUUUUAACACUGAAACCAGUAGCUCCUGACUACUCUUGUACAUGCACAUUUUGAGGGCACACCUGUCUGCCGGAAGUUUUGUGACGUCACAAUUGCUCAGGUAUUCUGUGCUGCAAUCUUGUUCGACCGGACUGGCGAUCGACACUGAUAUAAUUUGCGCCUUGGAGACUUAAACCUCAGAGACCACCAGCACUGCAGACUAAGGCACACGAAGAUUCAAGGAUCUUACUUUUUUGAAUAGUCUAUAAGAUGUCAAAUAUUUUACCAGACGAGACUGUAUUUGCAGACUUCAAAAGACAGUGUUUAUCCACAGAGUAUUGGGUAAACAAAUAUGACAAAAACGGAAUGCAGGUGUGGGUCGAGGUGCCCCCUCCAGCCAUGACAAACAACAACGGGUCCAAAAUCCACAAAAUUAAGUGUAAAAUGAUAAUCAAAGAUGUAUCUGCUGCCACUAUGUAUGACGUUAUUCAUGAUGGAGAAUACCGCAAGACAUGGGACCUUACUAUGAAGGAAAGUUUUGACAUUGCACGUCUUUCUGCAAAUGCUGACGUUGGCUACUUUUCAUGGAAAUGUCCAAAACCAAUUAAAAACAGAGAUGUGGUGUCGUUGCGUUCCUGGCAGGUGAAUGAUGACGAAUACAUAAUUGUUAACUUCUCCGUAAAACAUCCUAAGUAUCCCCCUCGCAGUGACCUUGUGAGAGCCGUUUCUGUUCUAACAGGCUAUUACAUUAAGCCCCUGGGACCAAACAGUUGUACAUUUUACUACCUCUCUCAAGCGGACCCUAAAGGUGCACUUCCAAAAUGGGUGGUUAACAAGGCAUCUCAAGUUCUAGCUCCCGACGUUAUGAAGAAUGUACAUAUUGCGGGACAGAAAUAUCCCGAGUGGAAAAACGAGAACUCUCCAGAAAAAAAACCCUGGCUCUAUCCAGAACAGAACAUUCUGCCCAUGAUGGACCCUGCUGAGCUGUCCAUUCAGAGAGGUGACUCACUAGAAAACAUAGAUGAGGCUUUCAUGAAGGAUGCACACGAGAGACAAGACAGUCCUGUCAGGCCAAGUGUAGCAUAAAUUGAAAAAAGCAAGCACAAAGACUAAUCUUUACGGUUGGUGACAUACUAAAGAAGUAUGCUUUAAAAGGUACAAUCGUUUACAAUGUUUUUCACAAGUUGAAAACGCCAGAACACCUCAGUCCAUGUUGUUCCAAGCCAAUGUGAUUCAAUUGUUUUCUAUAUUUAUGUCCAUUUUGACACUGAAAUGUUUUACAACUGGUCUUACCUAAACCAUUUUAACAGGUUUGAUAUUAGCUUUUUUGACAACAUUUAUAUGAUCAUAAAUUGUACUUAAUGAUUGUGUGAGCCUAACUUUCACCAUUGAAUGUUAAAAUUACUUAACAUUAGGUUUUUGCUUGUCAGGUCAAAAGUAUGAUAGCACACUGCUUGAUUUUUAUUGUGCCUACUUCUACAAUGGUCUUAGUUUCCUGUUGUAAAGUUACAGUCUUUAUAUUUAAAGGUGUAUUUAUAUUUUCAGAGUGGAAGUAAUGCAAUUUUUCAGGUUUAACUGGCAGCCUCAGAUUUGCACUGACACUGAAGGAAUGAUCAUAUUGUGACCUAUGUGGAUGACUGCAAUGGUGUAUUGUGCAAUGUACAUACUUAUUCCCUCAAAGACUAUGUGUAAUUGUUUGUACUAUAUUUUGUAAUUUUCUGACAUUCAGAAAUAAUAGUGUAAGACAGUAGUUCGAAGCUAUGUUUGGGAACAGUAUUGUCUUAAAAAUGACUUUUUUUUUUGUUUUGUUUUCAUUGACAUUUGUCUUUUUUGUUACUGAAAUACAGCCCUAAAAUAAAUGUCAGAACAAAGGCAAA